UCAGUUUAAAAACUACAAAAAAGCGGGCGUUUUACUUUUUUGCAAAAAAAGCUACAAUAAUAACCGGAAUACUGCAGAAGAGGACAAUAAGAAUUUAAAAUGAGUCAGCCGCCUAAUAAUCCUUAUCCGCGACAACAAACCUACCCCCCACCACAACAACCAUCCAAUCCUCCUCAACCGCCGUCCUACUCACCACAACAGCCUUCCUAUCCCCCUCAACAGCAACCAUACCCGUCGCAACAGGGAUAUCCUGUACAAGGGCAGUAUCCAGUAUACCCUCCGCCAUAUUCACAAUCACAGCCCACAGUGAUUGUAAACAGCACUGGGUAUCCCAGUGUACACCAAGAUGUUAUUGUACACCAUGAUCGCGUUGUACAUCAGGAUGUUAUUGUGCAUGAGAACAGGGCAUGUUAUGCUGACGAGAUGCGACGACGAAGAAACCGAAGAAUACUUCUCAUCUCGAUUGUCGUCUUCUUUAAGAUUGUUAUAAUAUCUACAAUUUUCAUAUUAAUAAACAUUAAUUUCUGAAAGGGACUGGUGACGUAAUUUCAAGUGAUUCUACUUUAAGAAGUGUCUAAUAAACCUUUAGUCGAGAUGAGUAUUUUUCUUACUAAACUGUUCUGUAUAUUUCCUACCAUGUCUCUGCUGUAUAAAUCCGCAAAUCAAUAUUACAGAGAAACUGCUAAUUGUAAACGAUCAAUUUUCAGGUGGGAAAAUAUGAAUAUUAUAUUUUCUAAAACAAUAUUUAAAAGUAAAUGAAUCGUAUAGUUUCUAAAAUUAAGGUUCACUUGGAAUUACAGAGACUGUCCCAUUAAUGGACAAUUUUUUACAAUGUUUUGGUUUCUGUGAUUUGUUACAUUUUAUUAAUAUUUUGCAAUUAAUCAAUUAAAAGCAAGAAUUUAUUAAAAAAAAAUACAAAAAAGAUAUAACAUAUAUUAUACAGUAAUUGACUUUACAUUCAUAUCUCUGGAAAUCGAAAUGCUCAAAAACGGCAGACCACAUUUUGGAAAUGACAGGACUAGGGCUAUUUUUUAUUAUCGUAUCAUCAAUUAUGUUUGUAAAAUUAGAUUGUAAAGUCGUCUGAUUAAUUGUAAAUUAAUUCUGGGUCCUUUUGAUUAGGACUUUAUAAAUGUAAACUUUUGUAUAGUUUUCUUCUGUUAAAAUUAUGGUUUGGCUUGGUUUUACAGAAAAAUGUUGUAAUUUGUAACAUUUUUCCACUUAAAAAUCAAUAAA